CGGUCAGUCUCUGGGUUCUGAUUCAACCUGGAUUCUCUUUCUCCAGCCGGCAGAAGAAUUCCAGAAUCACACAAAGCCUCGCGCAAAACCCAUUAGUCAACUCGUAGAGAGAAGCUUUUUCCAUGUGCAAUUAAUCCAUAUCGUUGAAGCUAUAAAACAAGACAAGAUCUUUGAUGAUGGGUCUUCUCGAAUUGAUUUCAUCCAUUAACUGGGAGCAAGAAUCCUACCCAGACUAUGCAGAUUUCGUCUUUCUUCCUGUUUUUGCUUUGUUUUUCCCUGCAGUUCGAUUCUUUCUAGACAGAUUCGUAUUCGAGAAAGUGGGUAGGCGAUUAAUAUUUGGUAAAGGAGAGCAGCAAAAGGGAUUGGAAGCUGAGAAUGAAGAUAGAAGAAAGAAGAUAAGGAAGUUCAAAGAAUCAGCAUGGAAAUGCAUUUACUUUUUUUCAGCUGAGCUUCUAGCCCUUGCUGUAACUUAUAAUGAGCCAUGGUUCACUAGCACUAGGAACUUUUGGGUUGGUCCAGGUGAUCAAGUCUGGCCAGACCUGAAAAUGAAGUUGAAGUUGAAAGGGGUGUAUAUGUAUGCAGCUGGAUUCUAUACAUAUUCGAUAUUCGCUUUGAUAUUUUGGGAAACAAGACGAUCUGAUUUUGGAGUAUCUAUGAGUCAUCACGUGGCCACUGUCAUUCUUAUCGUGCUAUCUUACAUUCUAAGGUUUUCUCGUGUUGGUUCUAUUGUUUUAGCACUUCAUGAUGCUAGCGAUAUAUUUCUUGAGAUCGGAAAGAUGUCCAAGUACACUGGCGCAGAAACUCUAGCCAGUGUCUCGUUUGUUCUUUUUGCUUUGUCAUGGCUGUUGCUUCGCCUUAUUUACUACCCGAUUUGGAUUCUUUGGAGCACAAGUUAUGAAUCUAUCCAAACACUUGAUAAGGAUAAGCACAAAGUGGUUGGACCAAUAUACUAUUAUGUUUUCAAUUCUCUACUUUAUUGUUUGCUUGUUCUUCACAUUUAUUGGUGGGUGUUGAUAUACCGUAUGCUGGUUAAUCAAGUCCAAGCAAGAGGAAAGCUUGGUGAAGAUGUUCGAUCAGAUUCAGAAGAAGAAACAGAUAAUGAACAUGAAGAUUGAUUAUAGAGGCAGCAGUUUUUCUUUUGUUUAUUUAGUCAAAUUCAUUUACAGAUCAUUUUGUUUUCAUUCUUCAAAGGCUGCUAUAGACUAUUCAAUGGAAUGGUUCAUUAUUUCUUUAGAUGAGAUCACAUUUGGAAGAUUCAAGUGAACUCUUUUGUGAAUUCAUGACUCAUUCUUAAUGA